GACCAGAGCCAAACGGUGAUCAGAAACUGAUCAGGAAGUUCCGUAAUGGCACAACAGAUUGGCGGAGGAGUGUUGUCACCUGAGUUUCACCUUCAGCACAGGUCAGAGUUUCUUCCAGCUUCUCCUUGAGGUAAAAUGGUGCCGCUGUUGCCAUCAGUUCUUGUCGUAGCUCUUGUUGUCAGCGCGGCAGAUGUGACUCUUUGCGCAGGAAUCAAUAGAUGUGUUGCCAGGAACUUCGGCCAUGACUCUGUGGUGUGUGAGUGUAAUUCCACCUACUGUGACGGUGUUGGCCCGGUCAGCCUGCCACCUCUGGGUCAGUACUCCACCUACCUGAGCAGCAUGGCAGGCAGCAGGAUGGAGCCAGGCCAGGGUCAAGUCCGGGUCAACAGCACUGGAGCAGGUCUCAGGCUGACGAUUGUUCCCUACCAGAAGUAUCAGAGGAUCAAGGGGUUCGGAGGAGCCAUGACGGACGCAGCGGCUAUUAACAUACUUUCUCUCUCUGCUGGCGCACAGGAGCAGCUGCUGCGACAGUACUUCUCCAAAGAAGGUAUCGGCUAUAGCGUUGUGCGCGUCCCCAUGGCCAGCUGCGACUUCUCCACUCGCCUGUACACCUACGCUGACACACCCGGGGACUACGACCUGAAGAGCUUCGCUUUGGCCCCCGAGGAUGUGAAGAUGAAGAUUCCUCUGCUGCUGCGUGCCCAGGCCUUGUCCCCUCGCCCGCUUUCCCUGCUGGGCAGCGCCUGGAGCGCCCCCACCUGGAUGAAAACUAAUGGUGCGCUCAUAGGAAAGGGCUCCCUGAAGGGCCAGCCGGGGGGAAAGGAGCAUAAAACAUGGGCUCAGUACUACAUCAGGUUCCUUGAGGAAUAUGCUAAAUAUAACCUAACCUUCUGGGCGCUGACGACAGGAAACGAGCCCUCUGCAGGAGAAAUGACAAACUACAGUUUCCAGGCUCUGGGCUUCACUCCUGAGGAGCAGAGGGACUGGGUGGCUCUGGACUUGGGCCCGGCCCUGCAGUCCUCAGCACACCCACACACACACAUCCUCAUACUAGAUGACAACCGCCUGCUGCUGCCCCACUGGGCCCGAGUGGUUCUCAGUGAUGUUCAUGCAGCACGAUACAUCCACGGCGUGGCGGUGCACUGGUACCUGGACACUCUCGUCCCUGCAGAGGCGAGCCUGGGAGCCACCCAUCAGCUGUUCCCAGAGUACUAUCUGUUUGGCACGGAGGCCUGUGCAGGCUGGAGCUCAGUGGACCGCGGGGUGAAGCUGGGCAGCUGGGACCACGCGGAGCAGUACGCACAUGACAUCCUAGAGGACUUGAAUCACUACGUUGUGGGCUGGACUGACUGGAACCUGGCACUGGACCAGACUGGUGGGCCAAACUGGGUGAAGAACUUUGUGGACAGCCCCGUCAUAGUGGACGCCAAGCGGGACGUCUUUUACAAACAGCCAACUUUCUACAGCAUGGCCCACUUUAGUGCAUUCCUGUGGGAGGGGUCGCAGAGGGUGGGCGUGUCCGCUAGUGCAAAGACACAGCUCGAGUUCUCCGCCUUCGUCAGACCAGACGGCUCUGUGGUUCUCAUCGUUCUCAACAGGUCAUCAUCAGCCAUUCAGUUUGAGGUGUGGGAUCCGGCUGUGGGUUACAUUCCCUGCACCACGCCGGCCCAUUCGCUGCUCACGGCGGCUUGGAACGCACACUGAGAUUUAACACUGACGCACUAACUCUGAGCAUUACGGACACAUUUAUAAAUCGCAUCAAACUGUUGCGUCUUCAUUAGGGUCUGCACCAUUUACAUGCCGGCACACUCAGCAGCUUAAGAAAGGGGGUCCGCUCUUUAUGUCAGCUAAUAUAACUUAAGAAUAUGCUGAAUCUGUUUGUGACAAAAUCUUCAGACAUCAUGCACAUAUGAGUAUGAGUACAUUGUAUGUGUAUGCAAAUGAUUUGGUCCACGGUAGUUUUCAUUUUUGAGUUAUUUCCUAAAGAAAUAGGAAAACUGCACUGGAAAAGAUGGAAUUUCAUCACACAUUCAUGUCGUCAUAUUUUCAUUGGUUUAUUCUCACAAUCCUGCUAACUUGAGAUGUUGCAACAUUAUGAGAGGCCGCUACUUACCCGCCCAGCCAGUGUUUACAUGUGGAGAUUAAUUGCUUUUGAAGAUUUGAUUUGAUACGGGGGCCACUCGGGGUUUAAAACGGGAGCAGUUUGAGUUCUAGAUGUACUGAACUGGAUUUCUUUUUCCAGUCAAGACUUACAUCUGAUCUCUUUGUCAGUUUUGCUGAUAAAGGCUGUGUUUUGUCAAGUGGAUCUCAUUCAGCAUGACUUCACCUUGGCUGUUAGGUGAAGCAACCCAGGCAGUGAGGUGAUUCGGGACGAUCCACAUAAAAGGUGUCAGUUUUAAACCCCGGGUAAUAGGAUAUAAGCUUAUCUUUAAAUUGGACAUCAGACUUAUAAGCCCUAAUAACUAUUAAUAUUAAACUGCAGACUAGCAAACACAGUUUGUAAAAACUCCAAGAUGGGUUCAUAAAUCAAACGGCAAAGUUUGAACAUCAAACAACUUGGAUGAUUUUGACUUUUCUUGUCAUAAAUCCUUGCUAAGACAAUUGUCCACUUGAACAGUUCGUAGCCCAAAUUCUGAGAUGAAGAUGGAUCGGUUACAAGCUGAUUCACUGCUAUCAUCAGCAAAUAUGCUCAUUUGUUUUGCACUACGAAUGUGAAGGUAUUCAGCAUCAAUAAUGUCCCCACUGGCUUUCCCUACAUUUCCCCAGUCGGCUGGAAAAGGAGCAGACCCCGUGUCGGUUUUAUUAUGAACACAUUUCUGUUUCGCACAAUUACUAGUUAUUUAAAUAACUCCAAAGAACCUCAGCACAUUUUUAAUCGAGUUUGUGAAGCUAUUUUUUUUUUUCACCGUUUUUUUUCAAAUAAGCAACAUGCAAUAAAUGAAAGUGAUUUAUUCACAAGCCUCAUCGUGCUACUAAUGAUCGUUCUGAUCAACAAAGCUCAUAAAUGCCUUCUUUUAGUUUUAUUGUGUGUAAAGCGCACUGUUCAAAAAUGUUUCUCAAUAUUAAACGCACUUUAAGCGAG